UUAACCUACUUGAGCUCAGUCUUUGAGCUACUUUUGCCUGAUCCUGGUAGCUCUCAUAUUCGUGUUUUCUCGGUGAUUACAGGUGCACGUGCGUGAUUUACGUGCAUUUCCAAAAAAUAAUAAAAAAAAAAAAAAAAAAAUUACGAAAAAGUUCAAUCUCAAAUGAUUUUUACUCCAGAUCGUGAUAAAAAGACUCCCGGAACGAGAUGAUAAAUUUUCGGAAAUUUCUUAUAUUGCCAGUGGAUUUAAGAAUUUUUACUUGACCGAUGACACGUACACGGAUGCGGUCCCCGUGCGAGUGACCUUUCCUUCGACUUUUACCUGCCGUUCGAGAAGCAAAAAGGGGGGAAGUCCCAAAGUGUAUACAACACUUAUAAGUGAAGAUCGAAUAUAUAUGUAUAUAUAUUUAUAUCAGAUAUUGGUGUUCGUGCAAUCCACAAUUCAUGUUUCACAGACGAUUUCAGUUCGUCGAGGAUGUAGCACGAAUAAAUUUAUUUAAUCUCCUACAUAUACAUACUCUCUAUUAGUCCUGGUGCGCGAACCAUGAUUUUUCAUUAUUGUCAAUCAUUAUUAUGCCAGUCGAGGAAAGUGGUGUUAGUGCGAGACGUGUUUCGUUGAGACAAAAAGAAUUUUAAAAAAUACAUCUUCCCCCAACUGUCCCAAACUGUCCUCAACUGUUGUCAAGUGUAUUUUCCCAGUGCAUUAAUUUUAGUACCGCAGAAAAAAGAUUCCAUAAAACAGAAUCAUAAAAUUAGUUUUAAAAUAAAUUAUAAAAUCGUAUUUAAAUUAAAAUAAAUAAUGUUAAAUUUAAAUUAAAUUAUAAAACACGAAAAAUAUUUUAUUUAUUAAUACAAACAAAGUGAAACUAUAGUGAAGUGAUUCCGAACCUUCUUCGAAUCCUAUUUGUAAAUUGUGUAGUUCCUAUUUUGAAACUAUAAACGAUGUUUGAACUUCAAAGUGCGUAAUUGGUUUCUUCUGAAUAACAGGGAGAUAAAAAAAAAUUAUUGAAAAAUGAAGGGAUGGUUCGGAGCGUUUCGUAAUGAUGGAGGCCCAACAUUGUACAGUUAUACUAAUCGGACUCCCGUCACUGGCGAUGUGCGACUCAUCACUAUCUUCGUGAUAUUCUGCACGAUAUUCACUGCGUUCCUCAUUAUUUUCCCUGGUAUUCGCAAGGAGAAAUUGUCAACAUUUCUGACAGUCACGUUGAGCCUCUUUGUGGGGACCUCGAUUCAAGUUGCACAAUAUGGCUCGUCGUGGCAUACGACCUCCGCCACUAUUAUCGGCUCCUUCAGCGCCUUCACGAAACAAAGGAUGACCGCAGAAAUCGGCGGGUACAUCGGUCUGAUGCACAUCAACAUCACUUACAGGCAUACACCGUUAAACAUGGAUGUUGCUGAUGUUGAGUACAAUGAGAGAUUUUUAUGGAGAACUCCCUACGAGAUGAGAAAUAUGUUCAAAGAAGCACUUGCUCGUGGUGCUCCGUUUCCUAUCGUUUCACUCGUUGAAUAUUUCAGUUUUCACCAAGAGGGAUUUUCUUGGGGCACAAAAUACAGAGAAGCUGGAUAUUACGCUACAAUAAUGCUCUGGACGAGUUUUGCAUCGUGGAUACUGAUGAACCUUUUAUUGAUCGUGGUGCCCCGUUACGGAGCAUACAGCAUGAUUUUCACUGGUGGCUGUUUGCUCUUUACAAAUCUCAUCUACUGGAAAUUGUUGCCAUCGGAACCAUUGGUAGCGCACGUCGAUGGAUCCAUUCUCAUAUUUAAUUUCGGUUGGAAUUAUUGGCUCGUUCUAAUCGCUGGUGUGACGUGCUUUUUCUCUGGAAUUAUAAUAAGUGCGAUUGAAUUUAUAUUUCCACAUCAAUUUUCAACGAUAUUGGAAGUAGAUUAUGAUACUCCGCAUGAUAGACACGUUAUCAUAGAAGAGAGUUUUGAUACUAGGAAUAUUAGGAGAAAAUUGUCGAGAAGGGAAGACUCGUUUGGUGAUCGAUUUCUUAGUCAAUUAUCGACAAAGUUGAAUCAUGAUAAACGAGAAGAUACCGAAGGCGUUAUAAAUCGUGGCUACGUGUCACACGAAUCAUCUGAUAUUACUGAAGAACCAGCAAAAAAUAAUAAUUGGUCUUAUUCAAUACCCUCUGCUCAAAGGCGACUUGUCAGAACAAGUUAUUAAAAACAACAAAGUAUUUCUUUAUUUAUCCAACUAAAUUGUACAAAAAAUAAUACAUCAAUAAUUUGUAAAUAUAAAAAUAAACACUU